AUGGCGGGUAUUAAAGCAGCAAGAAUAUUAGAAAACGCAGGCCUGAAUGUCACGAUAUUAGAGGGAAGACACGAUAGAUACGGUGGUAGAAUUUGGACAAACUAUGAAGCUAUGAAUGGCUCAACGGGAGCCGAAGUUGAUAUGGGUGCCUCAUGGAUAUGCGAUGAUGGUAUUAAAAAUACGGGAAUGAAGUUAUCCUUAGCCCAAAAAAUUCCUACCGUUUUUAGCGAUUUUCUAAAUCCAAUAUUAUAUCACGGGAAUGAUUCUCGUGUUCAUGACGACGAUUGGAAAAAUAUUUAUAAAGAUUAUCGAAGAUUGAUGUUUGAUGAAUUACCUUUAUCUAUUGAAAAUUGGGACCCGACAACAAAAAAAAAUUUAAAAAUCACUGAUGGUGAUAUAUCUCUUAAAGUCGCUAUUCGAACACUGGGAUAUUCAAAAUUACUAAGUGAUCCCGUAUUCGCUUUUCUAAAUUCUCACUUAAUUGAAGCUGAUAUUGGUGCUGAAAUGGGUCUGACUUCUGCCAAAAUGUUCGAAGAUAUCACGGCCAAAAACACGAGAAUCAUUCCGCAAGGAUAUGCAGUUAUACUAAAACCCUUAGUUGAUGGUAGUAAUGGACAAGAGCAGCCUUUGAAAAUUCUUCUAGAUAAAGAAGUCAUAUCAAUAAAGUUUGAUAAGAAUUACAAAAUAAAUGAGACGGAUAGAUGGCUCAGAAUCACAACAAAAAAGGGCGAUCUAUUUAAAUCGAGGGCUGUAAUUAUCACGGUUCCCUUGGGCGUUUUAAAGGCCAAUACCAUUAUCUUCGAUGAAAAACUUAUUUCGAGGAACGUUAAAAGAUCAAUAGGCAAACUAGGAUUUGGACUCAUGAAUAAAAUACAUCUUAAAUUUAAUGAGAUAUUUUGGCCCAAAUCUUAUCACGCAUUUGGGCUGUUGCCCAACAAGGAUUCAUGCAAAUAUAUUAAAGAAGUUAGAAAAAAUCCGAAAAGGAAACAUAUUUCAAAUGCCAAUAAUUGCUCCGAAUUAGAUGCAUCAUUAUAUCAUAGUUGGAUUAAUGGAUAUUUAUAUACAGGUCAAAAAGUGCUAAUAGGUUACGCUACGGGAAAGGCUGCUAGAUUAACGGAAGCACUCUCUGACGAUAAUAUCAAAAAUAUCGCCUUGGAUAAACUUAGAGAGAUUUUUGGGAAAAAGAAAUUGAAUAAAAUUAAAGUUGCAGCCAUGGUUAGAACUAAAUGGCUACAGGAUAGAUUCGCAAGAGGUACUUGGACAUACCACCCUACUGGAUCAACAUCAGCUGACUUGGAAUCAUUUUCUCAAAUUAAAGGACCACUUUUUAUAGCAGGCGAACAUACGAAUCCAGAAAAUUAUGGUACUGUGACAGGAGCGCACAACAGCGGCAUAAGGGCAGCAAGGGCUGUACUAGAUUAUUUGUAUAAAAAUUAUCAUCAUGAAUACUCCUUAGAGAACAUAGAUCCUAAUUUAAUCAAUAUUGAUUGA